CGAGAAUAAGGAAAAAUACCAAAGAAGUAGUAUUUUUAUUCGGGGGAGAGUGAAUGGGACUAAAAGCUGCGUAGAAGCAAUUAUACCAAUACACUUUACAAGAUACUGGAGUUUGGAGUUAUUACAGCGCAGAUACUGUCCCGGUGAAGGGCCUGGGACAGUACACACAAACACUGACAAACGUAAACAUACAAAACAGUUUAAACACAACGUAAAGAGAGGAAAAAACAAACCAGGCUUUAAGAUCGAGCCGAGUAUUUGCGCCAUGUCUCGGAGGAGGAGCCGCAGUGCAAGCCCCGCCCACCAUACCACCAACAGCAAUGACCCUCGCGACCUGGAAAGGAGGAUUUUUGUGGGGAAUUUGCCAACAACUCUCAUGGACAGGAAGGACUUGGAGGAUCUGUUCAGUCCAUAUGGGAAGAUAAAUGCCCUGUCCAUGUUCCGUGGGUAUGGAUUUGUGCAGUUUGAGCGAGCCGAGGAGGCGGAGGCAGCAAAGGCGGGACAAAACGGUCGCUUUUAUAGAGGGUAUAAACUAGAUAUUAAUAUGGCAGCGGAGCGACGACAGAGUAAAGCUCACUCCCGGCAGAGUCCUCCAAGAAGGCACCCGUAUGGUGGCUAUGGGGAGAGCCGGGAGCCUCGAGCCCGCACUCGCUCCCCUGUACAUGGCCGUGAUGUGCGUGACCACAGGGAGCCUGCCCGUGAGCCUGGCCGGGAGCCUGGCCGGGAGCCGCGGCUUGGGCACCCGCGAGAGCACGUGCCCCGAGACCCGGACUUCGACCGCUACCGUCCCUCCGAGGGCAGGGAGAAGGACCCCAGAGCCGAUCCAGGCUUUCGGGAUGAUGGUUAUGACCGAUACUACAGAAUGGACGAUUAUUAUCGCAAGAAAGAGGACCCCUACGGGGAGAGAUACAGGGACCCUUGGAACGGCAGGCGGGAGCACGAAGACGACCGGCCAAGGAUGGAGGAGCGGCGACGGAAUGAGCUCUACAGACAGUAUUACGAGGAGCUCCAGAGACGCUAUGACUCCGAGCGGCCCGUGGAUUGCUCGGUGAUCGUGGUGAACAAGCAGCAAAAGGAGUACGCGGAGACGGUGGGCCGGAAGGUGCGCGACCUGGGCAUGGUGGUGGACCUGAUCUUCCUGAACACGGAGGUAUCGCUGACACAGGCCCUGGAGGAUGUGGGCCGGGCACGCACACCCUUCGCCAUCAUCAUCACGCAGCAGCACCAGGUGCACCGUUCCUGUACUGUCAACAUCCUGUUCGGCACCCCGCAAGAGCAUCGCAACAUGCCUAUGCAGGACGCUAUGGUGCUUGUGGCACGCAAUUAUGACCUGUUCAAGGCCGAACACAAGGAUAAGGAGCGAGAAGAGAUCGCCCACAAGGCCGCCAAGAUGGCAGACGAUGUGCUGAUGCGGGAGCACGAGCGCGAGGGCCACCCCAUCUCCCUUCAGCCAGUCAUUACCCUGUUGUCGGAGAGCAGGUUUCUUACUUUGGAAGAGUUGGAUAGACUCAUUGACUAUCUGAGGGACAAGAGAGACCGUCUGGUGAGGAGCAGCGGUGAUCCACAUGCAGGGUCCCACCAACCUGCCACAGUCUCCGCACUGGAGCCGCCCCUUCCGCCGGUGCCGGCCCUUUCUAGCGGGCCUCACAGUGUCCAUGGUUCCCAUACGGCCCACCCUUCCCAUGCUGUCACCCCAGGCCAUACCCCUCAUUCUUCUCAUACAGUCCAUUCAGCUCAUACGGUCCACACGGUUCCCCCGACCCACCUGGUGUCACCCUCAGUCUCCAACCCUCCUCCACCAUCCAGCCAUCAGCAAGAGCUGCAGGCCAAGAUCCUUAGCUUGUUCAACAGCGGCUCCGGUGCCGCCGCCGCCAACGCCAGCGUGGCUUCCCAGUCUCAAGCGUACGGCAGCCCUGUCGUUAACCAAACCACCAGUCUUCCCCCCGCACUGGGGCCCUCCACCCUUCCUAAAAUACAGCAGCCCCCCAUUCAGAGCUCUGGCAUGAUGGGCACUCGACCGGCACUGCGUGUUACCCCCUCACAGUAUGGUCCCCCAAGCCGCAUGUCCACCCCGAUGAGGCCACCCACAGCGGGCACUGGGAUCAACUUUGACAACCCAAGUGUGCAGAAAGCCCUGGACACUCUGAUUCAAAGUGGACCUUCCAUCAACCACUUAGUAAAUGCAGGCAACGUCCAAACCCAAGGUAUCGGUCAACCGGCAACGCUGGCCCUGUACCCACGCCACUACUGAGCCUACUAAAGUACUCCUCCUUUAGUUUUUACAGAUAAUAGUUUGUAAAAUAGUCAGAUCUUUGAUAUGAAAGUGUGUUUGAAGUCCAAGCUGUUUUGGGGGAUGGGGGGGAGGGGGGAUUUGUUCCUGCAUUAAGAUGUCCCCUCCCCCCUUCUAAAUUUUGGUGUUGCGUUUUGUGUACCUUUUGGUCAUGUUUGUGUAGUCCAAUGCAGUUGUUAUAACUCACUUUAUUUCAUUUUACCAGUUGUGGUUGAUUUAAGGAAGUUGUUCCACAUUGCAUGCUUGAAUGUAGACUUUGUCCAUACUGCCUGGAAUUUGGAAGAUGCGGUUUUGAGAGUUGGACAUCGCCGGUACUGUAAAUUGUUUUAUACAGUCAUUUUGCUAUUGUGUAUAUAGACUCUUGGCUAUAUGUUGCUUAAAUAAACUAAUUCCAGGUUUCUCAUUA